AUGUCGUCAGAUCGAGGAGGCAAGCAAGAUGCCACAGUCGCAGAGAGAAGACGUCGCAACCGGGUUGCUGUCUCCUGCUUCAGCUGCAGAUCCUUGAAGACCAAAUGUGACGGGAGAAAACCCGUCUGCUCAACCUGCGAGCAUAACGGUCGAAGUUGCGUGUAUAUGCAACGUGGCAUCUCCGGGGGUGCAAGCAACACGGUGGUCGUGGAGCAAGACUAUCUCCGAGCGCUCGAGCAACGACUUGAAGCUCUUGAAAACAGAUCUAGGCUGGACUCAGCUCAAAUCGGGCCCAUCCCCCGCAUUGAAUCAACAACAUCGCUUCCCCCUUCGAGUUAUAGAAAUGAACGAGCCACUGGCGCCCGACAUCCAGGAACUCCCGGCGCUUCAGCAGCCGCCUCCUCUAGCGGCUACCCAUCAGCCGUAGUGGCUGACGCAGAUGUGUCCAUGGGCGGGGUUUCAUUCACUCAGCUAAUACUGAAUGCCCUUCACGGCCACGAGAGUGUCAAGGCCUACUCGAGGACCACCGACAACGACGUCCGAGAACAAGAGUCCCGACUCACAGAACAGGAUUUGUACACUCUACCAGCCAAUGCAAGCGAGCUGCUCGGCCAGUUCUUCACGCUUCGCCACCCGUUGUCGCCCGUGUUCCAUGUCCCUAGCAUUCGGCCGCUCUUCGACGCCGCCCUCCAGUGUCCGCCAGAACAACGCUCUCACCACAGGUCCAUAUUCGUCCUCCUGAACAUGAUAUUCGCCAUCUGCACGUCACACUGGGUCAUUGAUGCCCGGGGCAACCCUCGCGCGGCACGACGGCACUAUGAUAUCGCCAUCUCGCUCAUCCAGCCUAAUCUGCUCCGAGAUUGGAAGCUGGAACACGUCCAAGCCCUGUUGAUUGGCGCGAGAUACCUGCAGGGCUCGAGCUGUGCGAAUGAAUGCUGGAACAUUCUCGGCCUGGCCAUCAGGAUCGCGUACGGGCUUGGCCUGCAUAAAGACCCGCCCGACACGGAUCCCCAGCCCCUGCGAGAGACAAAGAGAAGAGUGUGGUACGCGGCCUACACUUUGGACGUGCUUCUCAGCAUGAUCUACGAUCGCCCGUCAAUGAUCCGGUCAGAUGAGUGCUCUGUCAGCCUGCCCACGGAUCUGGACGACGAGUAUAUCCAGAGCGCGCCCAUGCCGAGACCCCCCUCCACCAUGUCCUUUUCCAUCGAGGUGAUCAAACUCUAUCGCAUCAUCGAGGCCUUUAAGUCCCAGCUGAACGAAAGCGUCGACAGUGGCAGGAAGGUCGUGGAGUUGGUCAUGCCCCUCGAUGAACAAUACCGGAAGUGGCAUCGGUCCCUGCCGUCCCAUCUGAUCCUCGACUACAAGGCGCCCACAGAACAGCCUUGGAUUCUCGCCCUGCGCGGGAACAUGGUCCGGAUUCUGAUACACCGACAAUCCCUCAUGGUGACACUGCGCGGUCUCCUGGGACACCAGGACGUGGAGGAUUCAGUUGUGAGCCAUGCUUUGCAGUCGAGCCGCAGCAUUUGCAUCCACGCCGCGAUGGAGAGCAUUGACAUGGUUGCAUUGAGGCAUGAGCACACGAAGAAAACAAUGGGGUUGAAUUGGUUCAACAUCUACUAUUUGUUCAACGCUGUGGUCGUCUUGGUCUCCCACGUCGUCGAGCCAGCGUGCAGCAACGACCGAGCAGCGCUUUCCAAGGUCGAUACCGCGCUGCGGAUGAUACAAACUAUGUCUCACGACCACGCUUUCGCUCAGCGCGCAUAUUCCUUCCUCCAGCAGCUUCUCGGCUACAUGCACCCCACCGUGGCAGCGCAGCGGAGCCAGGAUGAGAGCUCGUUCUCGGGCCGUCUUCUGCAUACCGGGCAAGCGGAGGAGGUGCCCUCUAGCCUGCAGCACAGUGUCGAGCCUAUUCCGAGCCUGCAUACCCUCUACGGGUUCACGCAAGACUUGACGGACAACCUUGUGAAUUACCUGGAGAACUUCGACCACUCGGGGUUUCCUGACGGACCGUGGCCAUCCAGUGACCAAAAUGUCCACAUGACGGGGUUCGGUAAUGUUAUGUGAUUGAGCGGGUCUCAGCCCGCCAGAGAACCUCUCGCUUCGACUUUGAUCCGGUAGAAUAAGGGGAGACGUGUGCGUGCUUCGUGGUACCGUUCGCUGGGCAUACAGACUGCCGGAACCCAACUUCUGCGGAAGCCGUCCACAACGAUCCGAUCGACACGGAGGAGACAGUCGGAGCGAUAGUAGGAACGGCGAAUUCAACCUCAAGCGGGCCCAUAUCAUAUGGCGCUCUAGAAAGCAGCUUGCUGGUGCAGAGGCGGAUCCUGGUUUUCGGGGCAAUGCGCAGACCGAGAAUGCCAUUGCCAAUAUCAGGCCCUAAGGGCACAUUCGCUGGUAACAUAGAGUCUGAUACGCCUCAACCCUGGAAAUGUCGUUGCGUUCCUCUAUCGAAUAA